UUUUCCGUACAAAUCCAAAUCACAAUCACAUCGUUCUUCCUGCUCAAACCAACCACUGAAAGAGGUUUAAGCCUUUUUCAAAACCCUAACUCUCAACAAACCAAUCCUCCAUCUCUGAACCAAAUCAAACGCUAACUCUGAACAAACCACCGCACGAGGACACAUUUCAGCUACAAAAUGAGCUACGCAGCAUACAAAUUGAUGCACCCACCCACCGGGAUCGACAACUGCGCUUCAGGAUUCAUCACGCAUUCUCCGGCCGACUUUCCGCCCCGCAUUCAGACCGAAGAUAUCGACUCCGUGUGGUCCGCCACACCAACACCAGCUGCCGCUCCUAUUCCUAACCUCAUUGUCACCGCCGCAAACGUUCUAGAAGUUUAUACAGUUAGGGUUUUGGAAGACGGUAAUAAGGAUUCGGUUACGGUAGCUCAACCGCAGCAGCGUGGUGGUCUCAUGGCUGGCCUUUCUGGUGCUUCCUUAGAACUUGUUUGUAGUUACAGGUUGCAUGGUAAUGUGGAAUCAGUAGGUGUGCUGUCUUCUGGAGCAGAGGACCGGACAAGUGGCAGAAGAAGAGAUUCUAUCAUCUUAACUUUUCGCGAUGCAAAAAUCUCAGUUUUAGAAUUUGAUGAUUCAGUUUAUGGACUUCGUACAAGUUCAAUGCACUGCUUUGAGGGCCCACAGUGGCUUCAUUUGAAAAAAGGCAGAGAAAGUUUUGCCAGAGGGCCGUUAAUCAAAGCCGAUCCUCUGGGCAGGUGUGCAGGAGUGCUUGUUUAUGGUCUACAGAUGAUAAUGCUUAAAGCUGCUGAGGCUGGUGGUCUGGUGGGUGAUGAUGGUGGUUCUAGUAGCGGGGGCUCAGUUUCUGCACGUAUACAAUCAUCGUAUAUGAUUAGUUUACGAGAUCUUGAUGUCAAGCAUGUCAAAGAUUUUAUAUUUGUUCAUGGUUACAUUGAACCGGUGUUGGUGAUUCUUCAUGAGAAAGAACUCACUUGGGCUGGGCGGCUCCCAUAUAAGCAUCAUACUUGCGUAAUUUCUGCACUAAGUAUCAGUACCACUUUGAAGCAGCAUCCACUCAUAUGGUCUGCCACUAAUCUUCCACAUGAUGCCUAUAAGCUUCUUGCUGUGCCAUCUCCAAUCGGUGGAGUUGUUGUAGUUUGUGCAAAUACUAUUCAUUAUCAUAGCCAGUCGGCAUCGUGCAUAUUGGCUUUAAAUAAUUAUGCUGCUCCCGUGGAUAGCAGUCAAGAAAUGUCAAGAUCAAGUUUUAGCGUGGAGCUUGAUGCUGCAAAUGCAACUUGGUUAUCAAAUGAUGUUGCCAUGCUGUCAACAAAAUCUGGAGAACUACUCUUGCUGACACUUGUUCAUGAUGGGCGGAUUGUGCAGAAACUUGAUCUUUCCAAGUCAAAGGCUUCCGUAUUAACUUCGGGAAUCACCACUGUUGGAAGCUCUUUCUUUUUUCUUGGGAGUCGUCUAGGAGAUAGUUUGCUUGUGCAGUUCCAUUGUGGAGCAGGAUCCUCUAUGGGUCCAAAGGAAGAGGUUGGUGAUAUUGAAGGCGAUCUUCCAUCAACUAAACGACUAAGAAGAUCUUCCUCUGAUGCUUUGCAAGAUAUGGCAAAUGAUGAUGAACUUUCAUUGUAUGGCUCGGAUCUCAACAACGCACAGUCAUCCCAGAAAACGUUCUCGUUUACUGUGAGGGAUUCUUUGAUUAAUGUUGGUCCAUUGAAAGACUUCUCCUAUGGUAUGCGUAUGAAUACCGAUCCAAAUGCAACAGGGGUUGCUAAACAAAGUAAUUAUGAACUUGUAUGCUGUUCUGGCCAUGGAAAGAACGGUUCUCUCUGCGUGCUUCAGCGGUCUAUUCGUCCAGAAAUUAUCACCCAAGAAUCUAUACCAGGCUGUAAGGGGCUUUGGACUGUCUAUCACAAAAGUUCACGCAAUCAAGCUGAACAUUCAAAAACAGCAACUGAAGAUGAAGAAUAUCAUGCGUAUUUAAUUAUCAGUUUGGAAAGUCGGACAAUGGUGUUACAGACAGUAAGUAAUCUUGAGGAGGUGACAGAAAAUGUGGAUUAUUUUGUUCAAGGAAGUACCAUUUACGUUGGGAAUCUUUUUGGAAGGAGGCGAGUGAUACAAGUGUACUCUCGUGGUGCUCGGAUUCUUGAUGGUGCUUUCAUGACUCAAGAUUUAAGCUUUCGAGCUACAAAUUCAGAAGCUGCUAUGACCGUGUCAUCUGUCUCCAUUGCUGAUCCUUACGUAUUAUUAAUGAUGACUGAUGGAAGUAUUCAGCUUCUUGUUGGAGACCCCUCCACGUGCACCAUGAGCAUCAACAAUCUAGCAUCAUUUCAGACCUCUAAGAAAUCAAUAACCGCCUGUACACUUUAUCACGAUAGAGGAACAGAACCAUGGCUUAGAAAAACAAGUACUGAUGCGUGGCUUUUGACCGGUGUCAGUGAAGCAGCAGUUGAAGGACCUGAUCCUGAUCAGGGUGAUAUCUACUGUGUGAUUUGUUACGAAAGUGGGACCCUUGAAAUAUACGAUGUUCCCAACUUCUCUUGUGUUUUUUCUGUCGAUAGCUUUGUGUCAGGAAGACUUUUUAUUGGAGAUAACUUAUUCCAAGAAUCUUCCGAUGAUUCUCAGAAAUUAUCUCAAAACAUGAAGGUUGUUGAAUUGGCUAUGCAUAGGUGGCAUGGAGAAAAUAGCCGCCCGUUUCUUUUUGGAAUAUUGACUGACGGAACCAUUCUUUGUUAUCAUGCAUACAUGUAUGAAGAAGGUUCAGAAAAUGCUUCUAAAAGUCAACCAGUUAAUACUUCAAGGCUUAAAAAUCUUAGAUUUUCACGCGUUUCUUUGGAUACAUACACAAGAGAAGAGAUGUCAGCAGAAACCCAUUUUCCCCGAAUAACAAUGUUUAAAAACGUUGGCGGGUGCCCGGGUUUCUUUCUAUCGGGCUCAAGGCCCGCUUGGUUCAUGAAGUUCAGAGAACGUAUUCGAAUUCAUCCACAGCUUUGUGAUGGACCAAUUAUCGCCUUUACAGUUCUUCAUAACGUGUACUGUAACCAUGGGUUCAUUUAUGUAACCUCACAGGGUACGUUGAAGAUCUGCCAACUUCCAUCUUUGUCAGCAUAUGACAAUUAUUGGCCAGUACAAAAGAUCCCAUUGAAGGCCACUCCGCAUCAAGUAACAUACUUUGCUGAGAAGAACCUAUACCCGCUUAUUGUUUCUGUUCCUGUCUCAAAGCCUAUAAAUCAAGUGCUAUCAACUCUGGUUGAUCAAGAAUCUGGCCACCAAAUCGAGCAUGAUAAUUUAAACCUUGAUGGUACUUAUACUGUUGAAGAAUUCGAGGUUAGAAUUUUGGAACCAGAGAGUUCUGGAGGGCCAUGGCAAACAAAAGGAACGAUUCACAUGCAAACUUCUGAGAAUGCGUUAACUGUCAGAGUGGUUACAUUAUCUAAUACAACAACAAGAGAGAAUGAAACUCUUUUGGCAAUUGGGACUGCCUAUGUGCAAGGGGAAGAUGUAGCUGCAAGAGGACGUGUUCUUUUGUUCUCAGUUGAAAAUAGCACCGAGAAUUCACCGGCAAAGGUCACCGAGGUCUACUCAAAGGAAAUGAAAGGUGCCAUAUCAGCAUUAGCUUCUAUUCAAGGUUAUCUAUUAGUUGCUUCAGGCCCAAAAGUUAUCCUACACAAGUGGACCGGUUCUGAGUUGAACGGUGUUGCUUUUUUCGAUGCCCCACCACUUUAUGUAGUCAGCUUAAAUAUUGUCAAGAAUUUUAUUCUGAUUGGAGAUAUUCACAAAAGCAUUUAUUUCUUAAGUUGGAAAGAAAACGGAUCUCAGUUGACUUUACUGGCUAAGGAUUUUGGCUCUCUGGACUGCUUUGCAACAGAGUUUCUGAUCGACGGGAGCACUCUUAGCCUGAUGGUUUCCGAUGACCAAAAGAAUGUGCAGAUAUUUUAUUAUGCACCAAAAGUGUCGGAAAGCUGGAAAGGACAGAAACUACUUUCACGGGCCGAGUUUCAUGUGGGGGCACAUGUGACUAAAUUUCUCCGGUUACAGAUGCUUCCAGCUUCUUCUACUGGUUCUGAUAAAACAAACCGUUUCGCCCUUGUGUUUGGAACCCUAGAUGGCAGCAUUGGGUGUAUUGCACCGCUUGAUGAACUAACAUUCCGUAGGCUCCAAUCACUGCAGAAAAAACUUGUAGAUGCUGUUCCUCAUGUUGCUGGAUUAAAUCCCAGAUCUUUCCGCCAGUUCCAUUCCAAUGGAAAGGCUCACCGCCCCGGGCCCGACAGCAUAGUGGACUGUGAGCUGCUGUGUCAUUAUGAUAUGCUCCCAUUUGAGCAUCAGCAUGAAAUUGCUAACCAGAUUGGGACGACGCGAUCACAGAUCAUUUCAAAUUUGAAUGACCUGGCACUUGGUACUAGCUUCUUGUGAAGUAUAAGCAAGUGAUGCAUGAAUGUUGUGCCAUCUAAUCAUGUGGGUUUCAUUUAGGGUUCAUGAGCAUGUGUAAUUUGACAAGUUUUCAUUUGGAACAUUAAGAAAUGUAUAUAGAGUUUAUGGUUUCUGGAGAACCAAAAACCAACAGGCGUUUGCGCAUUCCUGGCGGCACAGGGUGGUGGUUUGGUGGUUCCAGAGAUGCCAUCAUUGUUCUUGUAGUUUGCCCCUUUAUCUCUCUCUAGGGUUUUCCUUUUUAUAUGGAUUUAGUGAAAUUGAUUUUAAUUUGUGUUUCGUGGAUAGCAAGUAGCGAAAAGAGUUGUAACA